AUCUAGCGCUCAGUAGCCCACCAGCCGUUGAGAGGGGAGGACAUACCACUCGCUGCUCCACCCCUCCAUUACAUAUCUGACUUUAUACCACAUAUAAACACCUGUACCCCCCCCAAAAACAUAACACACACUCUACUAUAAAAACAGAAAAAUAAACAUUCACUCGGACAUAACCCGGAAAGUGCUUUUUAAAUCAGUUCAGCCAAAAGUGAUAUAAUUUUAAUUACACAUAACUAAUACCGUGUACGUGUAGUGAUCGGUGUACAUGUGUCUGUCUGUGUACGUUCGUGGAUAUUCCUGUGAUGUGAUUCCCGUUCCAAGUCAUUCCCGUUCCAGUUAGUCAUUCCCGUUCCAAGUCAUUCCCGUUCCAGUUAGUCAUUCCCGUUCCAAGUCAUUCCCGUUCCAAGUGCUGCCGUUCCUAAUUGUGAAUACCAAUUCCGUUCCAGCUCCUGCCAUUCCCAUUCCAGUUGCAGACGUUCCCGUUCCAGCUACAUCCGCCCGCCAGCCACCAAUGCCCCGAGAGAACGGGGAACGCCCAAUAAACUCCCUGGAAUCAUUGAGAGGAACGUAUCUUGUGGGCGUGGGAGUGCGGAACGUGAAGAUGUGGGCGUGAGGAACGGUGGAACGUGACUGUGGGCGUAAGUCACUCAGGAACGGGCGUGCGGAAGGUGUUUGUGGGCGUGUGGAAUUGUGGAACGUGGCUGUGGGCGUGAAGAACGAGGCUGUGGGCGUGAGGAACGGUGGCACGUGACUGUGGGCGUAAAUCACUCAGGAACGGGCGUGCGGAAGGUGUUUGUGGGCGUGUGAAACUGUGGAACGUGACUGUGGGCGUGAGGAACGGUGUAACGUGACUAUGGGCGUGAAGAUGAUCCUGGACGUCGUGUGGGCGUAGAGGAACGUGUGUGGGCGUGAAGAUGUGUUCGUGCCUGUGGGUGGGGAUGGCAGAGGCCGCCCAAUACCUCAUGUGGGAGGCGGCCACCCUGGUACGCCCACCCACCCACGUCGUUCUGGUUGGCCUCGACUCCUCAGGGAAAACUACGGUUCUAUUCCGGCUGAGGUACGGGCAAUACGUGAACGCCGUACCUACCGUCGGCUUCAACACGGAGAAGGUCCGUGCAGGGGGCGGCCACUGGUUGGUGUGGGAUGUGGGCGGUGCUGAACGUGUCCGCCCACUGUGGAGGUCUUACACCAGAGCCACUGACGCCCUCAUCUUUGUGGUAGACUCCAGCUCGUGUGAGGAGCGGUUGGAGGAGAACAGAGUCGAGUUACAGCGUCUCACCAAGCAACAGACGGCGCAGUGUGUGGCCUUAAACAGAGCUAGACCGCCUCUGCUCGUGCUGGCGAACAAACAGGACCUACCUGGCGCUCGUGAACCACAACACCUGGCCAAGGCGAUGGGUCUGCCAGAGCUGCCGGACACACAGCCUUGGGCCGUGGCUCCUGCCUGUGCCGUCACUGGUGAAGGCCUAGACGAGGCAAUGGCUCUACUCUACCAACUGGUUACCAAGACACGCCAGGCGAGCAAACGCUAGUGCUGGCGAUCUUACGUCUGGCGGAGAUUAUGUUGCUGUGAAAAUUAACGCCAGUGUAAGCACAAGGCGAGCGAAGGAUUUUCUGGCCUACCAUCCAUAACCUUAUCACUAGGAAGCGAUAGAUUACGCCAGGCAGUGUUGAAUGCCCGUACUGGCGAAGCACCGUAGAGAAUGAGGCACAUCUGACUGUGUGGCCAGAUGACUGUUAGCUGUUAGGCUUCUCCCAGUCAUUUCCGGGAGCCUCAGACCUGACUGUCACCAUACACACACCUGACUGUCACUAUACAGUUCCUUCACUUAACUCUGCCUUACGACUGUUCGGAAAGUGGAAGUGUUCGGACUGUUAACUACAGUUCGGACUCUUAACUCUUCGAAAUAUUAACUGUUGUCGACUGUUAACUAAUCACAAUGAGUGUUCGGACAGUUACAUACGUUCGAAAUAUUAACUGUUCGAAAAAUAGCAGUUAGAAACGUUACCGGUGAUGUAAAAGUCAAAAAGUAGCUAAAAGUUGUCAAAAUCUAGCUAAUUUAGUAAAAAAAAUAGCCAAAAUUAGUGGAAAAUAGCCAACAGUCCUCAAAAAGUAGCCGCUAGUGGUAAAAAUUACAUAGAAAACCAAAUUAAACCUCUCAAAAAUACUUAAUGUAUUCCUUAACUUCAAAAAUAUACGUAGAGAUUAAACCUAUCCUCCGAAAUCGACUGAAAGGGAACUGUUACCUCUAGAAUCCCAUGAAGAACCCUCCAAAAUCAGUGAAAUUGGACGUUAUGUCUCCAAAAUCAGUGAAAUUGGAUCUUAUGCCUUCAAAAUCUGUGAAAUUGGACCUUAUGUCUCCAAAAUCUGUGAAAUUGGACCUUAUGUCUCCAAAAUGAAUUGAUAAGUAAUUCUAGUAUCUUCCAAUUACACUGCAAUUAACUUAAACCACUACUACCACCAACCACAACUCCCACCACCACACCA